AGCUGGGUCACCGGGGCGGGGGUCACUUGACUGCUACUUCUUCCGGUUCUCCUCCCAGGAGUCUGGGCCACCGAGGGUCACUCGAGUGCUACUUCUUCCGAUUCUCGUCCCAGGAGUGUGAGGCGAUCGCUCUCAAGGCGCAUCAGGCCUGGAAGGCUGCUGAGGAGAGGAAGCGACAGGCUGCUGCCGAGGAAGAAAGGAAGAGGGCAGAAAAAGAGAGGGCAGAAAGGGAGAGGGCAGAAAAAGAGAGGGCAGAAAAAGAGAGGGAAGAAAGGGAGAGGGCAGAAAAAGAGAGGGCAGAAAAAGAGAGGGCAGAAAGGGAGAGGGCAGAAAAAGAGAGGGCAGAAAAAGAGAGGGCAGAAAAAGAGAGGGCAGAAAAAGAGAGGGAAGAGGAGAAGGGAGAGAAGGAGGAGGGAGAGAAGGAGAAGGGAGAGAAGGAGAAGGGAGAGAAGGAGAAGGAAGCGGAAGGAGGGAAAACUGGAAAGGGUAGUGAGAGGAGGCUGCUGCGCGCAGCAGAUAGCACUGGGGCCGCUGAAAUGGACGGUACUGAGGAUGCAUCUUUGAGGAGUAUAGAAAGCGUUGCUCAUGUUGGAACUGAUGGUGCUGAUAGCACGGAUGGUGAUGAUGGGGAGGAGAGGAGUGCAGGGGGGGCUGUGGGGCAAGGCGUAUCUGAGGAGCCCUUUGCCCAACGAGGUGAUGGGGCGCAUGGGCGCACUGGUGGCGAGCCCAAGCAACGCUCUUCAUGCUGCAUUCGUCUCUGUUCUGCCGUCCUUCUGUGUGCAUCUGCUAAUCCCCCCUUCCCCCUCCUCCUCCCACCAGGCGCACUGGUGGCAAGCCCAAGCAACGCGCUUCAUGCUGCAUUCGUCUCUGUUCUGCCGUCCUUCUGUGUGCAUCUGCUAAUCCCCCCUUCCCCCUCCUCCUCCCACCAGGCGCACUGGUCGAGGGCCCAAGCGACGCGCUUCAUGCUGCGGUGGCCGUCGGCCUACCUGUGCCACAUCAUCAACCGCGAGCGCCACCACGUGUACGGCAUGCACGUGGCCAGGCAGGUCGUGGCGUCCCGCAUGGACCAAACAAGCCUGCUGGCGGAGUUUGGGAGGAGUGGGAGGGGUUCUGAGGAGGUGAAGAGGGAUGUCGGCAAGAAAAGUGAAGUCCACUCCCGCAUGGACCAACGCAGCCUGCUGGCAGAGUUUGGGAGGAGUGGGAAGGGUUCUGACGAGCGGCAGGUGGUGGCUUCCCGCAUGGACCAACGCAGCCUGCUGGCAGAGCCCUGGGGAAACAGCAAGUUCUCUGAUGAGCGGCAGGAGCUUGGGAGGGUUGGGAGGGGUUCUGAGGAGGAGAAGAGGGAAGCUGGCAAGAGGAGCGCCGAACUUCGAGAGGAUCGGCCGGGGCUCAGGAGGAACGCCGCAGCAGCCGCAGCAGCAGCAGCAGCAGCGGCAGUAGCAGCAGCAGAAGCGAAGGCGGCAACAGCAGCAGCAGUAGUGGAGGGUUAG